AUGUCGGAUAACGCGAGCGGCUCUGAUGGCUGUGGUGAUGUGAGUGAAGAAACUCACAUGAGAUUGGAGAUUGCAAGACUCCAGUAUGAAGUCCAGCAGAUGAAAGCAAGUAGGGGUGAAACCUCUGCUAGUGAUGACAACAUCAGUGCAGAUCUAGCAAGCUAUCUGCAAAGAAAAGGCAGGACAUCUGCUAUUGUGAAGGUUCUUAAUGAGUUCUGUGACCAAAACACAAUAUGUGGCUGUAUAACUACAUGUGGUUUGCAAUCACUCCGCAAGCAAGAUCUUAAUUUUAGUUACACUCAAGGAACUAUCUGCCUAUGCUCUGUGGACAGCUAUAUAGAAGAUAUCUUUGCUGGGCGGCCUGCCAGCAAUGUCAACGAUGCCAGCACCAAUGAUGAUAUUGGUGAUGAUAUCAGUGAUACCGGUGAUGAUAGUGGCUACGGCAGUGUGGAUAUUGAUAUGGAUUCCAAGAUGGAAUGUUUGGAUGGAUCAAUGGAGGACAAUCCUACAAGCGAUGAUGAUAUGGGCGAUGAUGACCUCGAUACUGAUAGCGACCAUGAUAUGGAUAGGGGGUGUGAUGGGCACCCUAUAUCUAUCAAUACAAUUGUGCGAAGAGUGAUCUAUGGGAGAGGAUGGGUGGUAGAUGGGGCAGUCCCUACCACAAAGAACAUGGAUAUGCCCGUGGAGGGUGGAUUUUUAAAUACAACUUGGCCUGGGGAUUUGAGCCAGGGGGGGCCCUGCUGGGCGGCAGGCGCCUUAUGUGGCCACGCCGUAGCAAGGGGUGUUAGGCAUUAA